UCGGCGCUAUCGGCGGCCUCUCCAACGACGACGGCGCGGGCGCCUGGGGACCAGCGUCGGCCUCCCCCGCCGCCGUCAGACGCCGCCGCGCAAGACAGCCGCCGGGCGGGAAGCGGCUAUCCGCAGCAGGCGAUGCCCUAUCAGCAGCAGCAGGGCCUGACACCGACGCUGGUGCUAGCCGUGCUGUCGUCCGCCGUGGGAUCCGCCUUCCAGCAUGGCUACCACCUUGGAGUCGUCAACUCACCGCAAGAGGUACUGGAGUCGUUCAUCAACGAAACGUUGGCGGAACGCUACGGCGAGCCGACGCCGCGCAGCGCGGUGACGCUGGUGUUCAGCGUGUUCGUGGCCGUGUUCUGCGUCGGGGGCAUGCUGGGCGGCCUACUCACCGCCGUCGUGGCCGAGCGGUUCGGCCGCAAGGGCGGGCUCAUGCUCAACAGCGGCCUGGUGUUCGCCGCUGCCGCGCUGCUCACGCUGGCCAGGGGAGCCGCGUCCUGCGAGCUGCUCGUCGUCGGACGCCUGGUCGCGGGAGUGAAUGCCGGUCUCACAGCGGGACUGGCUCCGAUGUACCUGACGGAGAUAUCGCCGGUGCGGUAUCGGGGCGCGGCUGGCACCAUCUACCAGCUCGUGCUCACGCUAUCCAUCCUGCUGGCACAGCUGCUCGGUAUCCCUCAGAUCCUGGGAAACGACGAGUUGUGGCCGUACUUAUUCACGCUCACCGUGGUGCCGUCGGUGCUGAUGGUGGUGACGCUGCCUUUCUGCCCGGAGUCACCCAAGUACCUGCUGCUUGUGCGGGGCAGGCCCAAGCAAGCGGAGGAAGCGCUUAUCCGGCUACGUGGUACACGUGACGUAGACAAAGAGAUGGCCGUCAUGAAGAACGAAGCCGAGGCUGCCGAAUUCGUGCCCAAGGUGACUUUGCCAGAAAUGAUUCGCAACGCUGCUCUUCGAGCACCGCUUAUCAUCUCGUUGAUGGUCAUGUUAGCCCAGCAGCUGUCCGGAAUUAACGCGGCCAUCUUCUUCUCGACGGACAUCUUCAAGACGGCGGGCCUGUCCCCCGAAGGGGCCCUGCGCGCCACGCUCGGCCUGGGCCUGGUCAACGUCCUCAUGACGCUGGUCUCCAUGGUCAUCGUAGAACGUGCGGGCCGCCGGACACUGCUGCUCACUGGCCUCGCCGGCAUGGCGCUCUGCACCGUCGUACUCACCAUCACGCUCGCCCUCAAGGAAUACGCUACGUGGGUGUCCUACAUCAGCAUCGCGGGUCUUGCGAUGUUCGUCAUCACAUUCGCUGUUGGCCCAGGCUCGAUACCGUGGUUCCUGGUGACGGAGUUAUUCGGUCAGGGCGCCCGUCCUAUUGCUACCAGCCUGGCGGUGGCCGUCAACUGGGCGGCCAAUUUCAUCGUAGGGCUCGCCUUCCUGCCCCUCAUGGAGGAGAUCGAGCACUUCACUUUCCUGAUCUUCACGCUGGUGCUGGUGUUGUUCUGGGUCUUCAUCUACAAGAAGCUACCGGAGACGAAGAACAAGAGCAUCGAGGCCAUCACCAAUAUCUUCCGGGCGCGGGUCUACCAGGAGGACGUGGCCCUGAACAAGCUCAACGGACGAGCGUGAACUCCAUGCUCGGUGGUUUCUGCGGACUCGUGCACGAGCCGACGCCUGGCUCUGCGGGCCCGGCCUGAGCGCAGGACGCGGUCGAAGAUCAGUUCCCGCGCGGUGUGCGUUCAAUCGAAUGGGCUGUCGUGAAACUGGAGGCAGCGAAGGAGGAGGGAGACCGCUGCUUGAGGCGCUGUCACACUAGGAGGAUCGGGCUUUGAUACCGACCAAUCAAUAUUGUGGACGAUCGGUCGACUUGUCAUUAAUGUUGUGGUCAUGUCGGCUUAUCACAAUUAGUAACCACCAACACUAGCAAGACGAACAAUCUGAAAUACCACCGCCUGACGCCAUUUAUUUCGAAGACGCCACGAAAACAAACUUAUCGAUGAACCGUAGGUAGACCGACCCCUAUAGGCGUGCCUGGAAGCCGCGCCUAGCAUUUUUCAUUAUUUUCCUUGUUAUGCGCACUCGCGUUUCGCUCCACAAAGACACGAUACGUUUCUUUUCUUAGCAAGAGCAUUUAUUUCAGCACGGCGUGAGCAAUGCGAGCACCCGCUACUUCAAGAAGUGGGGCAUUGCGGCGUAACGAGCAGAGGCGUGACCGAUGGGAGCUGGGUUCACAUGCAGCAGGCGGUCUUGCGGGUAACCUCGCAGGACACUCUAACUCGUGUACCCGCCCAGCUCUCGCACGCUAACCAUGUGGCGUUCGGUCGACUCACCGUUUCUAUGUAAUGUUUCAACACUCCCAACCUCACCCCGCGUCCUACACCGCCACAUUGCGGCCCACAAGAACUUGCCCGUGCGCGUGCACCCCGAGGUUUGACCUGAGUUCGAGGACCCUGAGUUCGCGUCGAAAACAUGCCUGCCGACCACCGGCUCGAGCGGUCUCUUAUAGGAUUCAGCAACAACUAUUUGCUAUUGUUGCUGUUAGCGCAAUGCGACAUGGCAGCCGACGUCACGAUAACACGUUGCUGGCAGAAACAGUCGGCCGACGGUCGGUCCUGUGUGACAGCAGUUUUGCAGAGAACGUAGUCCUGCAAAGACAGACCUGCAAUCGCUUUUUCAUGAACGACAUGUUUGGGGAGCGUCUGGGCUGAAGCCACCGGCCAAAUUAGAGAGUUUUAGAAUUGGGGGCCCAAGCGGCUUGGGGACCCAAGAAAAUUGCGCGCCACCAGUGCGCAUGCGCAGAACCCAAGCCAGUCUUGGGUUGUUGCGUUCGCGUUAACCCAAGACCCAAGAAUCGAAAACUAGCGUGGGGCCCCAAGCCGUCUUGGGCCACCCUCGCGGGUGACAGCGAUGGCGUGCAGCAGAUGGUCGCAGAGCAAACUUUAUUUACUUCGACUGAUUUCGCAAUUUCACGCGGGUGAACUCGCAGUUUUUUCGCAGCGCGUAACAGAAAACACCAACUAAGAGCACUUGGCUUCGAUUGGCUUUGCUUGGCUUAGAAUCGCACACUUAAUUCGUAAUACUAACCGGUAAUAACACAGUGAUUACGUUUCUUAGAUUUUAUUGUUCUCUCUUUUUGCUCAAAAAUGCAUUCUGUUUGUUUUCACUUGUAAGAAAAGAGGUUUAUUUAUUUUUGCUUUCAAGCACCUUUCUAUUUUCCACACUGCGGCGCACCGAGCACUCAACCCAACGCUGUCUGCGUUCGACCCAAUCCUCAAACUCUGCUGCUCACCUACACCCAAGAGCAACCGACGCAACGCGGCUUGGGGGCCCAGCGCCUUGCGCCCCCAAUUCUAAAACUCUCUAUUAUCUUAGCAAUCUGCAGGAGCUGAAAGCUUCUGCCUCUUCACCGAUCGACACACGGACACCGAUGAAUGGCACGUGGCCAACGUUCGGCGAAUUCACGUCUUCGUCCAUGGCCAGGACAUUAUUCGAAAGUGUUGUGAGAUAUUUGGGACUGCGGCGCGUGUUUCUACUACGUCACUCAUGGUGGCUCGGCAAAUAUGUACAUCGAAGAAGCAGCGCACUUGAAGGCGACAAGAACAGGCAUUAGAUAUUUAGUGGGAGCCGGAAAGGCUACAGAUGACAGUUUAUCACACGAGCCCGCACACUUAGGUGCACAAAAUACUCUAUCACGAUCCACCGAUGCACCGUGAAAGCUAUACAUGUAGCUAUGGCGGACCUUUCCUUUCGAAGGACGGAGAGGAGAUGGAAGUGGUGAAUUGUUAGCAGAACUAACGUUACGUUUUACAACACCAAUACAUUUGCCUAGUUAUCUUAAAGAUGUCGUAUUUAACGCUAUAUGAAUGUCUACAAGGUAACGAUGGCACAAGUAACAAUGAAAAGCCUAUUGGAAUAUGCGAAAAAUAUAGAGAACAUGUAUCCAUGCUAUACAGCUCCAUACUUGAACACAAGCCUUGCCUCGCGUGUUGGAUUAGAGGUAAAUCCCCUUCCUGGCAAUGUAAAAAAAAAAAGAAAGCUAACCAUGUAGUGUUCGUACCAACAAGCCCGGCUAGCCACUGUUCUGAAGCUAACCAGACAUUUUCAACAAGAUAAUCUAGGCAGUAAUCCUAAAGCAGGGGUGUAGAAACUCUGAAUGGUAAACUGCUUGAACAACGUUUUUUUCCCCCUUAACCUUUUGGUCGUUUGCUCAGGUUGUCUGCUAUUACGAUGUGGCGUGAUUGAAAUGAUUUACAUUUCUUUCUUCCUUUAUUUCCGUUCGAACAGCUACUGAAAAUUCGUACCUUAAUCCUUUUCUGUUUCUUCAGCAGCACUGUCGUCGAAUGAGCGAGGUUGUGUGGCAAAUAGUUUGUCCUUUUCAGGUUUCACGUUAGUAAUAUAGGUAGCGAAGACUUGAGGGAUGUUAUAAAAGCAUAUUCACCUCACAAAGUAAAUACUUUAUCUAAACGCCAUAGACGUGUCUCGAAGUAAGAGGUUAGGUUUUCGUGUGGAUUACGCAUAUUAUUUAGUUUUACUUCCCGAGUCUGCCACAAAAGCAGUUUACACUUCGCGGCAAAUCAAAUCUGCGGAAAUGUGCAAGGUGAAGGAAGCUCUAGAAUGAGCAAAACAUUGUCGCCUGCCUGACAGUAGCUUCUUAAUUUAGCAGUUAAGAAUCCUGUCUAGCACUCAUCGCUCAGUAACAGUAGCUUAGUUGCUUCUUGCUGCCAUCGGCUUAACGGCAAUUUUUCUCUUUCACUAAUUUACACUUUGUUUCGUUUCAUUUUUCUGCAAGUGCCAAGAGAGGUCAGCCUAAGUCGAAGCCCUGUCAUCGUUGCGAUUUCUCUGUCUGCGUUCGAUGGGGACGAAAUGCGAAAACACCCGUGUACUUAUAUUAGUUGCACGUUAAAGAGCCCCAGGUGGACCAAAUCUCCGGAGUCCCUCACUACGGUUUGCCUCAUAAUCACAUUGCGGUUUUGGCACGUACAAUCCCAUAAUUUAAAUUUUCCGUAUCUGCGUUUACGUAGAUACGCACUGUUUUUACAAUGUACUUAAGAUCAGGGCGCGUAAAAUCUCACUUUUAUUAUCAGCAAGCCACAUAUACCCUUAUAGCAAGCAUAAGUAGCAACAUUCAGCAUUCUAGAAGUGGCGUGUUUUGUGCAUUACGGUUGUCUUGAAAGCUCUGGCCAUAUUGGAUCAAAAUCGCAAGCUUGGGAACGUUGUGUUCUUUUGUUGGACGGCAGGGAAAGAAAUAAGGCAAUAAGGUGAUUGCGAUACCAAGUGCUUUUGUAUCCUUAAGCAAAAUGAUCUUUGGCCUGCUUACUAUGGAGAUAAAAGAAUUGAAUGUUCGACAAAACAAAAUAAAGAAAUUGCAGAAUGGGUAAGUAGCUUUUUUGAUACGUUAGACUUAUCGCCUCAAACUAUUUCCUAAACACCCUGCCCCACGUAUAGUAACCUCACGUAACCUUUUGCCCAAAGCUCCUUUCAAAAACUGCUCUUGUUUGCCCCGACGUAAGCAGCAGAAAUGCUGCUCCUGCAGAUGAACAACCACGGACACAGUCAUCUCACCGGAUCCGAUGUUUCUGGCAGGAGGCAGUAAUUCUCCGCAAAAUUUGUGUCGCACGCAGCGUGCCUGUUGCUGACAGCGUAAAGCGCAAGCAUAAGUUUGUUAUUCUAUUCAUACUUCUCUUUCUCAUUUAUCCACAUUCAACAUUCAUGACUGUUAUGCAGGACUAAGAAGUACAAAGAAGUGCCUCAGCUGGCUUAGGCAUCUUAGGCCGCUGGCAUAUUUCCUACUAUUUUUGUACAAUAAUUGACAAGAAAAAUAAACGUGUGUGUUGUAGCAA